CAACAUAAAUAUAAAUCAAAAAAUUUGAUUAGGAAAGCUGGAAUCGUGUUUCCCACUCUUUGACGACGAUGAAGAAGCGACUUCUUCUUCUUCGUCUUCGUUUUCAUCUUCGUCUUCCCUUCUGAUCUCGGAUUCUUGAGCAAGUUGGUUGGGGAGAGAGAAGGAAAGUUUUGUUUCGUCGGAACUGAAAGGUCUGAAAUCUAGAGGAAACUACUGAAGACGUAGAAGGGAAGCUCUUUUCAAGUUAUCGAAGUGAGAGAAAGAUUGUACAGAGAUAUAGCUCGACCCGCAGAGCUGCAGAAGGAAUUAGAUUAGAGGAGUACGUGGCAGAAUAUCUUUUUUUUUUCUGGGGGAAAAGAGGAAUUGCAGUGGGUCUCAAGCUUCAUCCGAUAUUACAGUUGAAGAAUCUACUAAGCUGGACAGUUCAAACCUAAAGUGCUCAGACUGAAGAACAUGGGAGAGAACAGCAAGAGAUUGCUGAGAGUUUUCUCAGUUUUGCCUGAAGCUUAUAGGCACUUCUCAGAGAAGACAUGGCCGCUGUUCAAGAAGGGUCCGGUCAAAACCAUUCUUCUCUUCCUCCUCCUCUUCGUCUCUGCCCUUGUUGCUGCUUGGUGGACCAAUACCUCCAUUAGGGAUGUUACGAUUCUAAGGUCAUUUCUGCCCUCAAAAAAGACCUUCAAACAAUCUGAAGAGAUACAUGAUCCAUUCCCCUUCAAUUGCUCCAAUAUAGACUUAACAAAAGGUUGUUCAUCUGGGACCCACCAUCAUAACAACACAACAUCAUCAUCAUCAGCAUCAUCAGAUGAGGAAUGUCCACAUUACUUCAGGUGGAUCCACGAGAAUCUACGGCCGUGGAAGGAGAUAGGAGGGAUAACGAGGAAGAUGGUGGAGAGUGCAAAGCCUACAGCCAAUUUCCGGUUAUUGAUAGUCAACGGGACGGUGUAUGUGGAAAGAUACAGCCCAGCAUUUCAGACCAGAGAUGUGUUCACAUGGUGGGGGAUACUUCAAUUGAUGAGGAGGUAUCCAGGGAGACUACCGGACUUGGACCUCAUGUUCGAUUGUGAUGAUCAGCCGGUCAUCAGAUCUGACGAUUACAAGGGACUGUUUGCGAAGGCCCCACCACCGCUCUUUCGUUACUGUGCGGAUGACACCACACUGGAUAUCAUUUUCCCUGAUUGGUCCUUCUGGGGCUGGCCAGAAGUGAACGUAAAGCCAUGGGGGCCACUGUCGAAGCAACUUAGAGAAGCCAACAAGAAGGUAAAAUGGAGUGCAAGGGAACCUUACGCUCACUGGAAAGGAAAUCCCUAUACUUCUCAAAACAGGCAAGACCUCAUGAAAUGCAAUCCCUCCCACAAUCAAGAAUGGAAUGCUCGCAUCUAUGCCCAGGAUUGGGAUAGAGAAGCUCGAGAAGGUUUCAAGAACUCUGAUUUAGCAAACCAAUGCACCCAUAGGUAUAAAAUUUACGUGGAAGGAAGGGGUUGGUCCGUCAGCGAAAAAUACAUUUUAGCCUGCGAUUCAAUGGCAUUGGUAGUGAAGCCUAGAUACUAUGACUUCUUUUCCAGAAGUUUAAUGCCAUUGCAACACUACUGGCCGAUAAAGGAACAUGAUAUAUGCAGAUCUAUUAAGUUUGUUGUAGACUGGGGAAACACUCACCAAAAAGAGGCACAGGAAAUUGGGAAUGCAGGAAGUAGAUUUGCAGAAGAGGAGUUGAAGAUGGAUUAUGUUUAUGAUUACAUGUUUCAUCUAUUGAAUGAAUACUCUAAGCUGUUGAAGUAUAAACCCACUGUACCUGAAAAAGCAGUGGAGUUUUGUUCAGAGAUAAUGGCUUGUCCUGCUUCUGGGUUGGUGAAACAUUACAUGGAGGAGUCGUUGGAGAUGGGUCCUAGUGAUACAGGACCCUGUAACAUGCCACCUCCCUUCAACUCCACUACUCUUCAGGAUUUUCUUGGUAGAAAAGGGAAUUAUACUAAGUAUGUAGAAACUUGGGAGAAUCAAAAUCGGCAGCAUUAGUAGAAUUCAGAGCUUCCAUUUUCAUGUCUACUUAAUACUAGCACAGAAAAGGAAAUAAUCCCAGAAGGAGAGAAUAGGAAUCUUGUAGGUGUAAUAUGAUAGGUUUUUUUUUUUUUUUUUUUUUUUUUU